UGUUUACAUCCUCUCAGCUGUUUCUGCAGGAGGAAAACACGGCGCUGCGCGGAGAGAGAGAAAGAGAGAGAGACAUUUCUACAUAUUUCUAUUCUACAGACUGUUCCCCAGCUCUUCACCGGCUCUUCAGUGUGAGGAACAGCGCCUGGAGUUUAUUCAUGGGGGGAAGGUGUGAUGUUGAUCUGAGGUGAUUGAUGAUAAUCCUGAAUGCUCUGCUGGAAGUGAGAGAUCUUCUUCUUCUCCUGAAUGUGAAGCAGAGCUGAUCCGGGUGAAGAGCUUCCUCUUGUCUUCCUCUUCCUCUUCUCUUCUUCCUGUUUUAGUUUCUGUGUUGUUUGGUGAGGAUCAUGGGUGGAGCAGUGAGCGCGGGGGAGGAUAAUGAUGAUUUAAUUGAUAAUCUGAAGGAGGCUCAGUAUAUUCGUACGGACCGGGUGGAGCAGGCUUUCAGAGCUAUAGAUCGGGGGGAUUAUUACCUGGAGGGAUACAGGGACAACGCCUACAAAGACCUGGCCUGGAAACACGGCAAUAUUCACCUCUCAGCUCCCUGCAUCUAUUCUGAGGUAAUGGAAGCACUGAAACUCCAGCAAGGACUAUCCUUUCUCAACCUGGGCAGCGGAACAGGAUACCUGAGCACCAUGGUGGGCCUGAUCAUAGGUCCGUUUGGAGUAAAUCACGGGGUGGAGCUUCACAAAGACGUGGUGGAGUACGCCAGAGAAAGACUGGAGGAGUUCAUCAAAAACAGUGACAGCUUCGACAAGUUUGAGUUCUGUGAACCUCAUUUUGUGGUGGGGAACUGUUUAGAGAUCUCCUCAGACAGCCAUCAGUACGAUCGGAUUUACUGUGGAGCCGGAGUUCAGAAAGACCACGAGAACUACAUGAAGGUCAUGCUGAAGGUCGGGGGGAUUCUCGUCAUGCCGAUUGAAGAUCAGUUGACUCAGAUAACGAGGACAGGUCAGAGUUCGUGGGAGAGUAAGAACAUCCUGGCAGUUUCUUUCGCUCCUUUAGUUCAGCAGAGCAGAAGCGACGGCAGUAAACCCGACGCCGUGGUGCUGCCUCCGCUGGCGGUGAGGAGUCUGCAGGAUCUCUCUCGGAUCUACAUUCGCCGCACUCUCCGGAACCUGACCAGCGAGGAGACGCUGUCCCGCGGGCCGGUGCAGAGAGCGCCGCAGAAACGCAAGCUCCGCCGCUGCCGCCGCCGACACCGCAUCAACACCUACGUGUUCGUGGGGAACCAGCUGAUCCCUCAGCCAAUCGAGAGCGAGGAGGACGAGCGAAUCGAGGAGGAGAACAAAGAGGAAGAGCAGGAGAAGGACAGCGUGGAGCCGAACAAACCCGAGGAGCCUCAGGUCAACUUCCUGAGAGACAGGAUCCUGAAGCUGCCACUGCCCGAGUCUCUGAAAGCGUACGUCCUGUUCUACAGAGAGAAAUAAGAACUCCUAACGCUUCACUCCUCCUCUCAUCCUGGUGAUUUUCUCUUCUUUUUGACUUUGUAGCAGAAUCUGUUCUGAUUAUUUAUAAUCCUGUUUCUGAAUCUGAUGUUGGAAUCAUUCGAGCCCUGAGGACUCGAGGAGCUCCAGAACAUUUCCAGUUCUCUGUGUUUAAACUCGGAAGAGUGUUGCUGAAUUCACUAUAGUAUUUUCAAGCUUCA